UUAGGCGGAAGUAGGCGGUCUGUACUAAAGCCAAGUGUGUGAAAGUCAGUGUUGUGUGGUGGAAACUUUGUGUGAGCACUAACAUGAGGACAUUCGUGCUGCUCCUGCUGACAGUGGGUUUAAACCCACAGGGCUGCUCCUCUUCCUGCUCCUUUCCUCCGUCACAGUGGUGCUCCUCUGAGGAAUCAGCAGCACAGUGUGGGGUUGGGAAGCUGUGCCUGGACUCUAAUCGGACCCAGACCCAUCUCACAGCAGACCCGGUCCAGUUGGUGCUCUACUACGAGAGUCUUUGUCCUGCCUGCAGAUGGUUCAUCACCCAGAUGCUCUUCCCAACAUGGGUCAUGCUGAAAGACAUCCUCAGUGUUACUCUAGUGCCUUUUGGCAAUGCAUUUGAAACCUUUGAUGGACAGCACUAUAUUUUUACGUGUCAGCAUGGAACAAAAGAGUGUCUUGGUAACAUGAUUGAGACCUGCAUGUUGAACAUGACAGGAGACGUCGCCUUUCAGAUCAUUAACUGCAUGGAGUCGGCUGUGGAUGUCAUCGGUGCGGCCCAGAGCUGUCUACAGCUCAUCAGUCCCACGGUGAGCUGGGAGAGUAUCAUGACCUGUGUGAAGGGACCUGUGGGAAACCAGCUGAUGCACCAAAAUGCACUGAAGACCAAUGCACUGUCCCCUCCACACAAAUAUGUUCCAUGGGUGACCAUUAAUGGGGAGCACACAGAUGACCUGCAGAGCAAAGCUGAGUCUCACCUCUUCACGUUGAUCUGCAGCAUAUACAAGGGGACCCUGCCUGAUGCCUGUAGCUCGAGCCAAAGAGGGCGCUACAAUAGCUACUGCUACAGAGAGUGAGGAUGCACAACUGCACAUUCAAAGUUCUAAAGCCUGUUACGCAUGUCGCCACGAAAGAAGGAACUUUGAGGAAUGUUACCAGAUUUACUACUUUUUUUUAACAAUCUGUUUCUACUGUGAAGGUUUACCAGAACCUCAUUUGUGAUUCACACAAUAUAAAACUUUUUUUCUUUUUAAAA